CUGAAGCGCCACUUCAUGUUCCGCAACCACCUGUGCCUGGCCUUCGAGCUGCUCUCCUACAACCUCUACGACCUCCUGCGCAACACCAACUUCCGCGGCGUCUCGCUCAACCUCACGCGCAAGUUCGCCCAGCAGCUCUGCACCGCCCUCCUCUUCCUCGCCACCCCCGAGCUCAGCAUCAUCCACUGCGACCUCAAGCCCGAGAACAUCCUGCUCUGCAACCCCAAGCGCAGCGCCAUCAAGAUCGUCGACUUCGGCAGCUCCUGCCAGCUGGGGCAGAGGAUCUACCAGUACAUCCAGAGCCGCUUCUACCGCUCGCCCGAGGUGCUGCUGGGGCUGCCCUACGACCUGGCCAUCGACAUGUGGUCGCUGGGCUGCAUCCUGGUCGAGAUGCACACCGGGGAGCCCCUCUUCAGCGGCUCCAACGAGGCUGACCAGAUGAACCGCAUCGUGGAGGUGCUGGGGCUGCCGCCCCCCCACAUGCUGGAGCAGGCCCCCAAAGCCCGCAAGUACUUCGAGAAGCUGCCCGAGGGCGGCUGGGCCCUCAAGAGGAACAAAGAGACCAAGAAGGAAUACAAAGUCCCGGGGACGCGGCGGCUCCACGAGGUGCUGGGGGUGGAGAGCGGGGGGCCGGGGGGCCGGCGAGCGGGCGAGCAGGGCCACUCGCCCUCCGACUACCUGAAGUUCAAGGACCUGGUGUUGCGCAUGUUGGACUACGAACCCCGGAGCCGCAUCACCCCCUUCUACGCGCUGCAGCACAACUUCUUCAAGAAGACCAGCGACGAAGGCACCAACACCAGCAACAGCACCUCCACCAGCCCCGCCAUGGAGCACAGCCACAGCACCAGCACCACCAGUUCCGUCUCCAGCUCGGGUGGCUCCAGUGGCUCGUCCAACGACAACCGCAGCUACCGCUACAGCAACCGCUACUACGGGAGCGCGGCCCCCGCGCACACCGACUACGAGAUGCAGAGCCCCCAGAAUGCUGUCCCCACUCUCGGCCCUGCUGCUGCUGGCGGCGCUGGUGCUCCCCACCAAAGGCUGAUGAUGGUGCGUUUGGGCGAGUAUAAUCUGGGGAGCCUGGAUGGGACGGAGCAGUUUCGCCUGGCGAGUCGCCUCGUCCGCCACCCCAGAUACAACUACACCACCAAGGAGCACGACCUGAUGCUGGUGCAGCUGCGCCGGCCAGUGAAUUUGGGCCCCGCGGUGCGGAUCCUGCCCCUGGGCACCCGCUGCCCCGCAGCCGGCACCCCCUGCCUCGUCUCGGGCUGGGGAACCACGACCAGCCCCCAGGCAUCCUUCCCCAAGAUCCUGCACUGUGCCAACGUGACAGUGCAGCCUGAGGCGACAUGCCGGCGGGCGUACCCCCGCCUCUACACCUCCAACAUGCUCUGCGCGGGGGGCAUCAGCCCCGAGGGCAAGCCCGCCGACUCCUGCCAGGGGGACUCGGGGAGCCCCCUGGUCUGCAAGGGGCAGCUGCGGGGCAUCGUCUCGUGGGGUCCCUCCAUCUGCAGCGACCCCCAGCGCCCCGGGGUCUACGUCAACGUCUGCCGCUACGUCCCAUGGAUCCGCAGCGUCCUGCGCUCCUGGCCCUCCGGUAUGAAGGUCCUGGUCGUGAUGCUCCUGGUGCUGGUGACCGCAGCCUCGAGGAACGUCCUGUGGGUGAUCGAGGGGACCUCCUGCGACCUGCCCUGGCAGGCUGCCCUCUUCAAAGGGGACAAGUUCAUCUGUGGGGGGACGCUGGUGGCCAGGAACUGGGUGCUGACGGCUGCCCACUGCCACGUCCCGGGCUUCAUCAACGUGCGGCUGGGGGGCCGGGGCCCCAAGGAUCCAGGAAUCUCCGAGCAGCGGCGGCUCUCGGCCAAGGUCAUCAGCUACCCGCGCUAUGACCCGGCCACCAAGGACGGUGACCUGAUGCUUGUCAAGCUCCUCCAACCCGUCCACAUCAACGAGCGGGUGAAGCCGCUGCCGCUGGCCUCCCACUGUCCAGUGCCUGGCAAGACAUGCCAGAUCUCAGGAUGGGGGUCCACCACCAGCCCUGAAGUCACCUUCCCCGAGGACCUCCACUGUGCCAAGGUCACCAUCGUCUCAGAGGAGCAGUGCCGGCGCAUCUACCCCGGCUCCAUCACCCCCAACAUGGUGUGCGCAGGCGAACCCCGCAACCGUGCCGACUCCUGCCAGGGUGACUCCGGGGGACCCCUCGUGUGUGACGGACGGCUCCAGGGCAUAGUCUCCUGGGGCCCAGGCGUCUGCGGGGACCCCCAAAAACCCGGUGUCUACGUCAACCUCUGCAAAUACACCCGGUGGAUCCAGGAAACGAUGAGAAGGAACUGA